CACACAUUAAAGGCACGACUUUCUAUAAAUAGGACUCCCACACAAAGCUACUUUAUCCAGCGGACUUCAACAUAUGACUCUGACAGAGCAGCAUGACGGACACAGCGAUGAGCAGCAGCUCGGAUCGCUGGCAGUCCAACGACAGGCAGAGGACUAUGCACGCCAGUGAUAAAGAGCAGGGGAACUGGACCAUGCAGCCAGGCCCUGGUCCUGGUCCAGACCUGACAGAUGAAGAGAAAGAGAUCAUAAACAAUGUGAUUGUCCGUGCUGAGAAAAUGGAGGCCAUGGAGCAGGAGAGAAUUGGGCGCUUGAUAAAUCGCCUAGACGACAUGAAGAAGACUGUGUGUGGGGAUGGGCAGUCACGCUGUUUGCUGUGUGGGGAGCAGUUUGGGCCACCUGGGGUCAGCUCAGUGGUGUGUGAGGACUGCAAAAAGAACAUGUGUACCAAGUGUGGUACACAGUGUAGCAGUCGGCCACGUGCUGUGUGGCUUUGCAAGAUCUGCAGAGAACAGCGAGAGGUGUGGAAGAGGUCUGGUGCCUGGUUCUUCAAAGGUUUUCCCAAACAUUUCUUGCCAUCGCCAAUGCCAUUAUCUAAAGCAAGGGAGCCAGGAGCCCAGGACGCGGCAGAGCCUAAGGAGGCCCAAGCCUCUAAGCCCAGGCAGGCAGUCACCCAACCAGGCCCAGAGCCAGAGGGCCGUGCUAGUUACCCACCUGUGGCCCCUAAACCAUCAGCUGUUCGAAUGGCCACGGGCGGUGCUGGCCCUGAAGAGGCGGGGCAGGGCAGCCCAGUGGCGAUGAAGAAGAUGAUUCCCGUCCAGAGCUCCAGACCACAGCCUGCUGCAUCAGCCUCCAUGGCCCAGCAGGGUCCAGUGGCAGGAGAUGGAGGGGCUUACUCCUCUGGUGCAGUUCCUCCAGAGCAGAGAGCACCUCCUGCAGCAAGAGAGGACCGGAGGCAGCCCGCUGCCUACGGCGCUCCUCCUGCCCGACAGCAACCUCCCCCAGCUAAGGAGGAGGAGGAGGCCAAUGACUAUGACUCAGAUGAAGCCACAACCCUGGGCUCUCUAGAGUUCAGUCUGCUCUAUGAACAGGAAAGCAACAGCCUCCACUGUAGCAUUCUCAAAGCAAAGGGACUGAAGCCCAUGGACUCAAAUGGACUGGCAGAUCCUUAUGUCAAACUUCAUCUGCUGCCUGGGGCUAGUAAGUCUAACAAGUUGCGCACAAAGACCUUGAGAAACACCCGCAACCCUGCGUGGAAUGAGACACUCAUCUACCACGGCCUGACAGAUGAAGACAUGCAGCGUAAGACCCUCAGGAUGUCUGUCUGUGAUGAGGACAAGUUUGGUCAUAAUGAGUUUAUUGGGGAAACCCGAGUGGCGCUAAAGAAACUGAAGUUGAACCAGAAGAAAAACUUUAACGUGUGUCUGGAGAGAGUUAUCCCUACAAAGAAAACUGCAACAGCUGGAGGAGCCAGAGGCAUCUCUCUCUACGAAGAUGAGCAAGGGAAAGAGGGGGGAGAGGUAGAGGAGCGCGGCCGGGUUCUGAUCUCCCUCAUGUACAGCACCCAGCAGAACCGUCUCCUCGUGGGUGUUGUACGCUGUGUCCACCUGGCUGCCAUGGAUGCCAAUGGCUACUCUGACCCAUAUGUCAAAAUAUAUCUGAAACCUGACAUGGGGAAGAAGGCCAAGUGCAAAACACAAAUCAAGAAGAGGACUUUAAACCCAGAGUAUAAUGAGGAAUUUGGCUAUGAGAUUAAACACAGUGACCUGGCCAAGAAGACUUUAGACAUCUCUGUUUGGGAUUACGAUAUUGGGAAGUCCAACGACUACAUUGGUGGGUGUCAGCUGGGCAUCACUGCCAAAGGAGAGAGGCUGAAGCACUGGUAUGAGUGUUUGAAGAACAAGGACAAGAGGAUUGAGCGCUGGCACACCCUGUAUAAUGAGAAUCCCGUUACGAGUGAUUAACCAUUUUCUCCCAAUACACACACACACACACACACACACACACACACACACACACACACACAUACAGCAUGAGCUAAAACCUCCCUUGGUUUGCUUUCAUCUCUAAAUGCACCUUUAUUGUGUUCUCUACUCUACCUGUCCAUCACACAGGCUUGCUCACCUCCCUUCCCCCGAUGUCGUGCACUCUUCUUUCCACUUCUCUUAUUAACACUUUGUCUGCCUGUGCUGAUUCUUAAUCUGUCUCUGGGACAAAUCAAGGUACACAUGAAUUAGAGAUUUCACUAAUGUAACAAAGAGCUGCACAAGAACCAUCAUGCCUGUCAGUGCUGAACUUUAAACAUUGCUAAAGAAAAUUAAUUGCACUGACACAGAACUAUAAAGCAAUAUUUUAUGGCAUCUGAGGUCAAAAUUCUUUAAUCAAGUCAUAACAAUCUCGAUUGGGCUCAUAUCCCUGACACAAAGCCCGUCAGGGAAUACUUUUUCGGGAUUUCUUGUGUUAUAACAUGAUGUUGUAUUGCAACACUUGAACUGAAUAAGCAUGCCAAGCCAGAGAUAUAAGAAAGCACGCAGCUGCACCAUUAAAUAUUUUAACUGUGCCCACUGUCCUGAACAUAUUGUAUAAUUCCAUGAAGAAAUGUUUACAUACGGAUACAUUGCUCAGGUUAGGAUAGACAUCUAAUAUAUACAGAUGAUUCAUAAGUCAGUGGACCAUGAGUGAGAUGAAUCUCUCAGCUGCUGUUGAUUUGUGAUAAAAAAUUAGAGCACACCUAGUUAAACAUUAGACUUUUUUUAUGUAUAGUUAUCCAAGCUGUAAAUUAGGAUUUGCGAGAAGUAAUAACUGUGUGAUUAGAGACAAAUACAAAGUUUAUUUCUUAGUGAUGGUGAGAAUUGGCAGGAACAAGGUUGUUCCUCCUGCUACCACCUUUUCUGAAGCUCGUGGUUCACUCUGACAGCUCAGAGGUUUUCUACUGUGUUUACACUGAACGCACACAGUCAAAUUCAGCUGCUCCACAACAAGGAGAGAUGGUGGAAAAGGUUAUGUGUCAUAUGUGCAGCUUUACCUGCAUGCACUGUGCUCCUGACUCUGGCGUGCCUGGGCAGUCCGCUUUUACCCCAGCACGCACAGCAGGGCCCGUUGUGUCCUCUGCCACACCCAAUCAUUAAAGGCUUUAGUGUGUGUUUGUUCACAAAUCACAGCAAACCAAGGAAAGCACACCUUACAAAGUGGAAUGACCUCAAUUUAUACAGCUGUUUGCAAGUUAUUCCAACGUCAACAUAUAGAUAAUAAAGACAAAAACAAAAAAAACCUAUGCAUGAAAGGUCUUGUGGUUCAAGAUAUAUAUAUAUAUAUACUAGGGCUGUCAAUCGAUUAAAAAAAAUUAACUAAUUAAUCGCACAUUUUGAAAUUGCGAUUAAUCGCAAUUAAAAGUUAAAAGUUAAAAGUUCAUUCUUUUUAAAGACAAAACUUCACACAGAGCUGUGUUUUCAAAGAGGCUCCUACAUGAUAAAUUGUUUCUUCAGUGAAACAUCAGAUUAGUAAAAAAAAAGUAUAUUGAGACCCCAUUGGUCCUGUCAUCUUUAACAUUGAACACAGCAGAACCAGUGGCCUUGGUAACUGACUGACAUUCAAAUAUGUCACGUUAACCCUCUGCAGGCUGGGGGCAUUUUAUACAUUUUACAAAAUAAAUUAAAUUCACCGUUUAAAGUCUUUUGCAUGUGACACACCCCCA